AUGGUUCCUUCGUCAAUCUCCGCUGCAAGACGAAAUGCUAUCCGAUCUUCAAUAGAGUUGGUGAUACGUAGAGGACUCCUCUCUCGUUCUACAAGAACAUCCUUCAUAUUAGCGUUCAUCUACGUCGUCUUGCCUAAAUUGAUAAGACGUAGUUUCAGCUUAGCCAGAAAAGGUAAGGUGAAAGAGAUUCCCCGUAAUGCUCUACACACCAUCAUCAGAGGCUUACACCAUCUGGGAUUCCCAGUAUUCAUUGGAAGAAUGGUUGCAACCCUUAAUAUAUUGUCUCCUAUAGUUAAAAGUAUACUCGUUACUAGUAAGGUUCCAUUAUCCAAGUCUACAUUAACAUUCUUGACGACUUUCAUUGCUAGCUCACUUUCUUCAUUGAUUAACUUUCCUUCUUUCCAGAAGCGAUCUGUUACUUAUGACAGAUACUAUACUUUAGAUAUGACGUUGGUGUUGGCAACUAGAGCGUUGGAUACAUUGGUGUCAACAUAUGCACCUCAAAUAUUGAAGCAUUACCAUUACUCUGGGUUGACUUCCUUGUCAACUUAUGGAGAUGCUCUAUUAUUCAUUGUUUCCUCCUACUUUAUCAUGGACACUUGGUUCUCACGCCCAGAGCGGUUGACUCCAGGGUACAGAAAUUGGAUCUCGGCAUCUUCGCACAUGGACGAAGAAUUGGUAACAGCAUUUCGUCAGUUUCGAUGCGGAGAAUUGCAUUACAUCAAACCAGGAGAAAAGGCGGAGAAACAAGACUCCAACUAUAUGAUACUACAAGACUAUUGCAAGCUGAAGGGCAUGAACCCGUCUGAUGGCGAUCUUUCUUUACCAGGCGUGAUUCCUUGCAGAGUUCUCCAUGGAUUCAGCACAGAUAGUUGUAUUAAACAUGUUUUGAUAAAGUUUGGAAAACUGUUCACACUCGCGUUCAACCUCUAUGGAACAUUAAACUUAAUCAUGUUCCUCAUACGAAGAGGAAGCCCCAAAAAAUACUUGCUAAAUACCAUCAGAUCAUCAGUAUUCCUUGGUUCUUUCACAGCCUUGGAUUGGCUCUUUUUGUGUCUGUUCAGAAAGCUCUCGUACUAUUUCACGAAUGUGUCGAAUGAUUUCUGGGAGUGUGCAUCUCCUAAUCUUGGGUCCAUGGCUUGUGGAUUCAGUAUCUUUGUAGAAAGUCCUCACAGACGAAAGGAAUUAUCGCUUUAUGUUGCUCCAAAGGCAAUCGGAACUUUUCUUUCAGCAGAGCCCACGGAGAGAAAUUUACGCUUAGAAACACUUGCAUUCAGUUUGAGUUUUGGACUCCUCGUUGCUUACGCCAGAGCAGAUGUGAACAGAGUGAGAGGAUUGGUCGGUGGCGCUCUUGGAGCUAUCUUUCGUAACUAG